CAAUGUACCUUCACCUCCAGCCCCACUGCCUCCCGGGCCGGCCCCCGCAUCCUCUCACUCCCUCCUCCCCCUCUCCCGCCUAGAGCUCCAGGCACAGGCUCAUGGCGAGGGGAGCGGUGUUAGUGCUGCUGCUGCCGGCACUCCUGCUUAGCAGCCCCUGAGGAUGACUUGGGUUAGCUAGUGGGAUAAGGCGAACGCUCUCCACUGCGACUGUUGGAAUCGCAAGGAUGUGGUUGCAGCGCGCAACGAAGAUAUAAAGGAGUGUUUUGCUAUUCUAGGGAUAAAGUAUUUACACAAGUACUGAGGAUUUGCUUUCUUGCUGCCGUACGUCAUGGGGGACUCGGUGUUCUGUGACAGGAGACUGUGCUACACGGGUGACUUUACAUGGAAAAGCAUGUCUGGGCGCAGUGUCCGUCUUAAAUCUGUCCCCAUCCAAAGCCUCUCGGAACUGGAGCGAGCACGACUACAGGAGGUUGCUUUUUAUCGUCUGCAGCAGGAUUAUGAUUUGAACUGUCAGAUCACCAUUCCCAAAGAUGGGCAAAAGAGGAAAAAGUCUUUGCGGAAGAAACUGGACUCAUUAGGAAAGGAGAAAAACAAAGACAAAGAAUUCUUACCGCAGGCAUUUGGAAUGCCACUAUCACAAGUGAUUGCCAAUGACAGAGCACACAAACUUCGGCAGGAUUCUCAAAGAGAAGAGCAAAAGGAUGCUGUAGAUUUUGUAGCAUCAAUUCUACCCUUUGGAUCAAAGAGACAGAAUAAAGAACUCUCAAGCAGUAAUUCAUCUCUGAGCUCCACUUCAGAAACACCAAAUGAGUCAACCUCCCCCAAUACACCAGAAGCAGCACCUCGAGCAAGGAGAAGGGGUGCAAUGUCCGUGGACUCUAUUACUGAUCUUGAUGACAAUCAGUCUCGACUCCUAGAAGCUCUGCAGCUGUCACUGCCAGCAGAAACUCAAAGUAAGAAAGAAAAAGAAAGGGAUAAAAAGUUAAGCCUGAACCCUAUCUACCGGCAAGUUCCCAGGCUUGUGGACAGCUGCUGUUUGCAUUUAGAAAAGUAUGGGCUGCAAACAGUUGGGAUCUUUAGGGUUGGAAGUUCCAAAAAGAGAGUACGACAGUUACGUGAAGAGUUUGACCGUGGCAUAGAUGUUGCUUUAGACGAAGAACACAGUGUUCAUGAUAUUGCUGCAUUGCUAAAAGAAUUUCUGAGAGAUAUGCCGGAUCCCCUUCUAACCAGAGAACUCUAUACAGCUUUUAUUAAUACUUUGUUAUUAGACACAGAUGACCAACUUUGUACAUUACAACUACUCAUUUACCUGCUACCUCCCUGCAACUGCGAUACACUACACAGGCUAUUGCAGUUCCUGUCUACUGUUGCCAACCAUGCAGAUGAUACAAUGGACAAAGACGGUCAAGAGAUAACUGGGAACAAAAUGACAUCAUUAAACCUGGCCACAAUAUUUGGGCCUAACUUGUUGCACAAGCAGAAGUCAUCCGACAAAGAGUUUACAGUUCAGAGUACUGCCCGCGCAGAGGAAAGUACAAUAAUUAUUGCCAUUGUACAGAAGAUGAUUGAGAACUUUGAAAGUCUUUUUAUGGUCCUUCCUGAUUUACAGAAUGAAGUUCUUAUUAGUCUAUUAGAGACUGACCCAGAUGUAGUGGACUAUUUGCUAAGAAGGAAGGCUUCCCAGUCAUCAAGUCCAGAGUUGCUGAGAUCAGAGUCAUCUUUUUCUGAAGGAAGACAUUCGUCCACAGACUCUAAUAAAGCUUCUAGUGGGGAUGUUUCUCCAUAUGACAAUAACUCUCCAGUCCUGUCUGAACGUGCUAUUUCCAGGCAAGAGGACAGUGUUAAUUCAGAGAAGCUUCACAAGGUUCCUGAACCACACACCUUGGUUGGGCAUUUAUUGUCCAAAACCAAGGAUUCUUCCUCUACACAGUGGUGUAAUAAGGAAGUUCCAGAGGACAAUUUCAAUAUAUGGGGCACCUGGCAUUCAACUUUAAAAUCUACAUGCAAAGAUCAAGGAAUGACAGAUUCAUAUGGGAAUAUCUAUGAAAAUAGCUAUUUGCAACAAGGACAGUGUUGUCCGCUCCAAGGAAACCAUGGUCAGAACUGGCAGCAGUGUAAAAACUCUGUAAAAGAAUUGGAAAAUGGAAAGCCUACUAUACGGAGAAGUCAGACAUCAUCUGCCAUUCCUGAGUUCCGAUCACACAUUCCCGUGACACGAGUAUGCAGCAAUCCACAGACUGAGUCAGGCAAAAGAAACUUGGAAUACUCUUCAAGAUGUGAUCAGCACUUUAGCAGCAGCAAUGCUGAGGACAUCACUAAUAAAGAUCCAUCAUUAUCUUAUAUCGAGAAUAAACCCAAGCCUUUAUAUCUGCAGCAUAUCGAUGUCAGUAAAAAUGAGGCCCGCCUUCCUCCUCCAUACCCAGGCUCUGCCAAACAAAGUGCAGCACAGACUCACCGUUCCCCAGUAUUUUCACAUGAGCAGGGUUUGUGGAGAUUGCCAAAAUCAGAGACACUUGCUGGGACAUCAUUGGGUAGGACUCAAGUUACAGAACAAGCUACUUGUAACAGGCAGAUUUCUCAGAAAAUACCAGACAAUAACCAGAACAGUAGAAAUCUGACAGAACAAGACUGGCAGGACUGGCAGAGAGAGAGGUGGCAAAUCUGGGAACUCUUAUCUGCAGAUAACCCAGAUACCCUUCCUGAAACACUAGUAUGAUGGACAAAAGAAUAUUCAGAAUGGACAGAAAAGCCAUAGUCUUACUUGAGACUAAAGAGAUAAAAAUGACAGUGAAAUGUUGUACUUUUUAUUUUUGUACACUUUUUUUUUUACUUUAAUUCCUUUGGAACUAUUAUUUGCAUUCAUAUGUAUGCAUCACUGCCAUAUUGUCUUUUGUUUUUCAAUUGCUGCUUACAUUUAAGGAAAUAACUUCAACAAUUCUUGUCACAGUGAAUGGUGUAGAUUGGUUGUCUUAAUGCCUAGACAUUCCCUGUGUAUAUUCUUCCGUGGGCUAAUUGGCAUAAACCUAUAUGCUGUGGGCACAAGCAGUAAAACAAUCCGUUUUAUUCUUCACUGCACUUGUCUUGCCAUGAUAAUCAAGAACAUAUUUGUAAAUUAUGCACAUGCUGGUUUCUGUGCUUUUCAUUUUUUAUUGUGGGGUGGGGGGGAUACCAUUUUUAUUCUCAGGUUGCUGGGCAAUGAAACAGCUUCAAAUGUUAUAUUGCAGGGCACUACCAGAGUAGGACUGUAAUUUAUUCCAUGUUUCAACUUUUACAUAUUUACUUCUAAAAAAGACUGUAUAUACUUUCAUUUUAAGCAAGUACAGUAAGUUGGAAAGCAGAUACCACAGCAGAUCAUAAACCAAGCCUAAAGGUUGGCCAUACACAUUAAGAUUUUGCUCUCCCUAAUGACCAAUUUCAGUGCAAUCUGACGAUCGCACAUCUGGCAAUUUUUCAUCUGACAUCGGUCACAAAAUCGAUCGGGCAGAUCUUAACAUUUUCAUCGUUAGAUAUUAAAUUUGCCCAUUGUCCAGUUGUUUGCAGGGCCAAGCAGGCAGUUAUCCUAGAUUCAACCAGAUGAUAUUGCUUAAAAUGGUUAUUUUCGUUGAUGAACAAAUCGUAAUUUUAAACGAUCGUUUCAGGAUAAGCUUGGUCCUACGAUAAUGAAAAGAUAAACUUAACGUGUAUGAUUAUAUGAGUAUAAAUCUUAACAUUUAUGGCCAGCUUAAGAGUCUCACGAGCAGUCUACACGUCUUCCUUUUAACUUUGCCUUUCAGGACUGCAAGUGCUAGGCACAGCUAUUGUAUACAUCAUAAUUUAUACAUACAUAUAUAUAUACUGUAUACUUUAAUAUAUUUAUAUCCUAUAUUAUCCUAUAUUGUUUUCCAGCAAUUAACUGGAAUCUCAGAGGGUCAAAUAAGGUAUUUAAUUGUGGCAUCAAAGCACCUUGCUUUACUUUUUUUUCAACCUGGCAAUACAGGCUGAGUAAAGUACUUUGUUGUUCUGAUUAUUUCUAUAAUACCUUCCAUAUUCCGGGGAGACCAAUUUCAGGACAGCAAAUAAUGGACAUAUAUUUUUCUGUAUCAAGGUCAUUAAAAGAUUUCCUGAUUUGGU